AGAAUGAAUGUGACCGAAUUCAUCCUCAUGGGACUGACAGAGAACCCUGAGCUGCAGACAAUUCUACUUUUGAUAUUACUAAUCACCUACAUUGUCACUGUCACAGGAAACCUACUCAUUGUUGGGACCAUAGUCUUGAGCCAGACUUUGAACUCACCAAUGUACUUCUUCCUUGCUUUUUUGUCUCUGAUAGAUGCGUGCUAUUCCUCUUCUAUCAUCCCUAAAAUGCUUGCAGAUUUGCUAUCAGAGACAAAAGCCAUCUCAUUCAAUGGCUGUAUGCUGCAACUUUUUGUUGAACAUUUUUUAGGAGCUUCAGAGAUUGUCCUCCUUGUGGUCAUGGCCUAUGACCGCUAUGUAGCCAUCUGUAGACCACUGCACUAUGUGACCAGGAUGAACCACCGCACUUGCUGUCUUCUAGUUGGGGUAUGCUGGAUAAUGGGCUUUCUCCACUCUUUUGGGCAAAUAGUUGUUAUUCUCUGGAUUCCUUUCUGUGGUCCUAAUAUCAUGGACCAUUUCUGUUGUGAUAUCUUCCCCCUGCUACAACUGGCCUGUGCUGACACUUUCCUUCUUGGUCUCCUGAUUGCUGCCAAUGGUGGAGUAAUCCCUGUGAUCACAUUCACAAUGUUGCUGAUGUCCUAUGUGGUCAUUCUCUGUUCCUUAAGGACACACAGCUCUGCAGGGAGGAAAAAGGCCCUGUCUACCUGUGGCUCCCACAUCACCGUUGUUUUCUUGUUCUUUGUGCCAUGUAUUUAUACCUACAUGCGACCAGUUAAAACUUUUCAUCUGGAUAAAGCCAUAGCAGUGUUUUAUACUCUUGUUACUCCCAUGUUAAAUCCGAUUAUCUAUACUGUAAGGAAUGCAGAGGUUAAAAAUGCAAUCAGAAUGUUACUAAGGAAGAAUUCAAUCUUGGAUAAUAAAUGA